AUGGUGCACAACGAGAAGAUCGACAUCCCCGCUGGCGAGAUUGAGAGUGAAGCUCCCGAGGUUGUCGAAGAAGCCCCCGCCGCCCGUGAAGACUUGUACAAAGUGGCCUUCGACCAAAUGAGCCCGGAAGACCGUCUGAUCCACCUCCGUCAACUCACCUCUGAUGGCAAGGACAACAUGGCUGAAGAAGAUUUCGAGGAAGCCAGUCAUUUCUUCUCUCUGGCCGCUGAGCUUUCCAACAUGAUCUACGGCGUGGAGCACCCCGAUACGUUCGAGUAUCACUUCCGAUAUGGCCAGGCCCUCCUCGAUACGACGCGUCAACAAAACCAAGUCUUGGGAAAGGCGACAGCGGGAAUUUCGACCACCGAUGAAGGAUCGACUUCCAAGGACACAACUUUGAAUGCAUCCAAGCUCGAGCAGAUCAUCGAAGAGGUCCAUGGAGCGUUGGCUGAGACCGCGGAAGCCCUGAAGAAAGGUGCUGGAGAUGACAAUACGGAAGGAAAGGAUACGGCGGAAGCAUCCGCGUCUACCGAGACCGCCACUUCCGAGGUCGACGCUGAUGCUGAGAAAGACGAGGCUGAAGAAGGAAAAGAAGCAGAGAAAGAAGAAGACGCUAAUAAUGCCGAGGAGGCUGAAAAGCCGGAAGGCGAAGCGGAAGCUGAGGAUGAUGCUACGGCCGCCUAUGAAGUCUUUGAGCAGUGUCGGCUUAUCCUUGAAGCUCAGCCCCAGAGUGAUGAGCGCGAUCUUCGCAUGUCCGACGUCUUCCUUCAUCUCGGUGCCGUAGAAAUGGAGGGCGACAAUUAUGACAAGGCUCUGGAGGAAAUGCACAAGGCCUUGGAAUGGCGUCAGCGCCUUAACGCGUCUGGUCGCGCCUUGGCCGAAGUGUACGCCAUGAUGGCUCGCUGCUACAACACCAUCCAGGACUAUAAUCAGGCCAUUAGCGCCUACGACAAGCUCAAGGAAUCCCUGAAUGCUGCGAUCGCCGAGCAAGCUAAGGAGGCGCCCAACCAGACGGAGAUCGAGGAGCUCCAAUCGAUCCUUUCCGACAGUGCCGAUUGCCGCGCUGACACCGAACGUGACAUGCUAUUGGCUGAGGAGUACGCAAAGGCCAAAGCUGGAACUACCUCGGAGACUGUGAAGAUUCCGACAGCCCCUGUGGACGGCAACGCCGGAGAUGCUAUCCAGGUUCGCCGUGCUCCGAAACGUCCCGCCUCCACCGACCCGAGUGAAGACACCGAAAACCAGGACGCCAAGAAGCCCAAGGAAGUCGAUGCCCCCGAACAGCCAGAGACCCCUAACGACAACGUCGACGGCUCCAUCGCCACCGCC